GGCUAUAUAGUACAGCCCCGUUUAUCUAACCUGAAAAAACCCGUUUUUUAGCAAAGCACCGCAAAACCGCACGCUCUGCUGCUGCCCAACAAACUCUGCUGCCCUGCCUCGGCCGUAUCGCUCGCCCAGCCCAGGCUCCGUCCCGGCGCCCGCCGGCCAGGCCGACCGACAAAAGCCAUGAUGCUGCUCGCGCGCAGCAGCCUCCGCCUCCGGCUCGCGCCGAUGGCUUCCGCGGCGGCGCCGUUCUCUGCGGCGGCGGAGGCGGCGGAGCGGGCGGUACGUGACGGGCCCAGGAAUGAUUGGACCCGGCCCGAGAUCCAGGCCAUCUACGACUCCCCGCUCCUCGACCUCCUCUUCCACGGGGCUCAGGUCCAUAGGAAUGUUCAUAAAUUUAGAGAAGUGCAGCAGUGCACACUUCUUUCAAUAAAAACUGGUGGGUGCAGUGAAGAUUGUUCAUACUGCCCUCAGUCCUCAAGAUACGAUACUGGAUUGAAGGCUGACAGAUUAAUGAAGAAAGAUGCGGUCUUAGAAGCAGCAAAAAAGGCAAAAGAGGCUGGGAGCACCCGAUUUUGCAUGGGAGCCGCAUGGAGAGAGACCAUCGGCAGGAAAACAAAUUUCAACCAGAUUCUUGAAUAUGUCAAGGACAUAAGAGGUAUGGGCAUGGAGGUCUGUUGCACCCUGGGCAUGCUAGAGAAACAACAAGCUGAACAACUCAAGACGGCUGGACUUACAGCAUAUAACCAUAACCUAGAUACAUCAAGAGAAUAUUAUCCGAACAUUAUCACCACAAGAUCAUACGAUGAUAGAUUGCAGACUCUUCAGCAUGUCCGUGAAGCUGGAAUAAGUGUCUGCUCAGGUGGAAUUAUUGGUCUUGGAGAAGCGGAAGAAGACCGUGUAGGCUUGUUGCAUACACUGGCCACUCUGCCCACACACCCAGAGAGCGUUCCUAUCAACGCACUGAUUGCUGUCAAAGGAACACCCCUUCAGGAUCAGAAGCCUGUAGAGAUAUGGGAAAUGAUCCGCAUGAUUGCCAGUGCUCGGAUAGUGAUGCCGAAGGCAAUGGUGAGACUUUCAGCUGGGCGAGUACGGUUCUCCAUGCCAGAGCAAGCGCUUUGUUUCCUUGCUGGGGCCAACUCGAUCUUCGCUGGUGAAAAACUCCUGACAACCGCGAACAACGACUUUGACGCGGACCAGGCGAUGUUCAAGAUCCUUGGUCUAAUUCCCAAGGCUCCAAACUUUGGUGACGAAGAGGCUACGUCGGCAGCUUCUACAGAGAGCUGUGAGCAAGCCGCUUCAAUGUAAAACGCCGCUAUAGAUUGUUUAGACCACACCUGGUGUGAAUCUAGCACCAUUAUCUCCAGCUAGAGCAUUGUACUGUAGAGAUCACGACAUUUUGUAGUACUAACUUCAGGUUUGUACCAAAUAAAAAUAGGGAGUUCUCAUCGCCUUCCAAAUCCUGUAUCCUAGUGUCGUGGCACGACGCAGUCCGUAAGAUCAAUUCAUUGAUUUCUGAUAU